UCCUCCCUGUUCUGUUUGGCAGUUGCAACGAUGAACGGGAAGAACAGAAUCCCCAAAGCAGUCAUCGUCGGCGGCAGCAUUGCCGGAAUAUCCUGCGCUCAUGCUCUGAUUAAGGCCGGCUGGAAAGUUCAGAUACUCGAAAAAUCAACCUCUCCCCCAACCGGAAGUUCCACCGGCGCCGGCCUCGGUCUCGAUUCUCUCUCUCAGAGCCUCAUUCAGUCAUGGCUUUCCAAGCCUCAACUCCUCCUCCAAUCCACUCUCCCUCUCACAGUCGAUCAGAAUCAAGCAACUGAUGAGGAAACCAAAGGCAGGAGGAUUUUAACUAGGGAUGAGAAUUUCAAUUUCAGAGCAGCUCAUUGGGCUGAUCUCCAUGGCCUUCUCUACAAUGAGCUUCCUCCUGAUAUAUUUCUAUGGGGUCACCAAUUCCUCUCUUUUUGCACAUCUGAGGAUAAAUCUUCUGUGAAAAUAGCAGCAAGAGUUUUGCAAACUGACGAGAUUAUUGAAAUAGUUGGGGAUUUGCUUGUUGGAGCAGAUGGGUGUCUUUCUUCUGUUCUUCAAACCUUUCUUCCCAACUUUCAGUUGAGAUAUUCUGGUUAUUGUGCUUGGAGAGGAGUCCUUGAUUUCUCUGAGAAUGAGAAUUCAGAGACGAUAAUCGACAUCCGAAAGGCGUUUCCUGAUUUUGGGAAAUGCUUGUAUUUUGACUUGGGAUCUGGCACUCACAUUGUGAUCUACGAGCUUCCAAACAAAAAGAUCAACUGGAUUUGGUAUAUCAAUCAACCAGAGCCACAACUCAAGGGUAAGUCGCUGACCAUGAAAGUAGACGACGGGAUGGUGAGGAAGAUGCAUGAACAAGCAGAGAAGGUUUGGGUUCCCGAGUUCGCAAGAGUCAUCAAAGAAACAAAAGAGCCUUUCAUCAAUGUCAUAUAUGAUAGAAAUCCAUUGGAACGACUAGUUUGGGACAAUGUAGUAUUGGUUGGGGAUGCAGCUCAUCCCACAACUCCUCAUGGCUUGAGAAGUACAAACAUGUCCAUAUUAGAUGCAGCUGUUUUAGGCAAAUGCCUUGAGAAAUGGGGACUGGAGAACUUACAAACAGCCCUUGCAGAAUAUCAAUCCGUUCGACUGCCUGUAAGCUCGAAGCAAGUCCUGCAUUCUAGGUUUAUGGGUAGGCUUAAGCAAGGUUUGACUCUUCCUGACCGUGAACCCUUCGACCCGAAGGUAGCUAUGCCAGAGAAUUGCCAAGAACUUCAACAGAAAAACAUUCCUUUCUUCAAUGAUGUUCCUCAAUUGAUUGAUACGACCAUGAAGCCUAUAUAGUCAAGAAUGUGCAGAAAACCGAAGUAUGCAUUCAAGACAGGUUUUUCAGUUGGAAGCUAGUCUCUCUGGCUGCAGUUAAUUGUACUUGAUUCAUUGUAUGAUUAAAAAGUAUGCUGAAUCGUAUGAAAUAAAUCAGCUUCAAGUCAAGCCUUCGCAUCAUUAA